AUGGCUGCACAUAUAGACUCACAUGCAGAUCCUCAGCUGAAUGUUGUGCAUGAAGUCGAAUACGGACAGACCAUACUCAUGAAACUCAACGAGUUUCGCCAUGAAGCUCUUUUCACGGACGCCGUUCUGUGUGUGGGCCAAGAGGAAUUUCCAUGCCAUAAAAACGUCCUGGCGGUCAGCUCGCCGUACUUUCAGGCCAUGUUCACCAGCGACCUUAAAGAAAGUCGCGAGAAUCGUAUCAGCUUCAGUGAGGUGUCGCCAUGGACAAUGAAGCGAGUGAUAGACUACGCCUACAGUGGUAAGAUUGAAAUCACCACAGCCAAUGCUCAGGAUCUGCUAGCUGCCGCCUGCCUGUUCCAGUACCCGGCUAUUGUAACUGCCUGUGGGCGGUUUUUGGAGCGGCAGCUUCAUCACACCAACUGUUUGGGUAUUGAAAUGUUCGCCCGGCUGCACCUUUGUUCGGAGCUCGCAGCCAAAGCUCAUCUGUUUGCGCUGGAAAACUUUACUUCUGUUGUUGAGAGUGAGGAGUUCCUGGAGCUAUCUCUGGAAAAACUUCAGGAGUAUAUUUCUAGUGACCUAAUUGACGUGAGGACCGAGGAAACCGUGUUUAAUGCUGUUGUAAGAUGGGUUAAGUUCGAUUUGGACGAGAGGCAGAAAUAUUUGUCCGAAUUGUUAGGGAAUGUUCGUUUAGCUGUGCUAGAUAUAUCAAACUUAAAACUGAUAGAAAAUAAUCCGUUAGUGUGUGCUUCGGAAAAAUGUCUGUCUUUAGUCCAGGAGGCGCAGCAGCUGAAAAUGUCAUUCCAUGAAACUCAAGGAGGGAAGCGAAGGCGGAGUAUGCAAGAUUCACUAAUACAGCCACGACCUUCGACUGUUGCCAAAGAAGUUGUCGUAGUCAUCGGUGGAAUUCCUAAUGACAGUUAUAUUACCAGCAGCGUUGAAAUGUAUGACCCACAUAAGGACAAAUGGUUUAGUCUGCCAGAUUUUCCCGAGCGGAUAUUGUGGUGCAGUGUCGCGGUUUUAAACAAUUGUAUUUAUGUGGCCGGCGGAAUUUUGGAUGGGCAUAUCAUUUCGAAAGUAUGGAAAUUCGAUGCCACGGAGAGGAAAUGGCAGCCUGUAGCUGCCAUGCUUAAACCUCGAGCUCGACAUGCUGCUGCAAUUAUUGAUGACAAGAUGUAUGUUUUAGGCGGAGUUCGGUACGAAAGAAAAAUGCUCUCGGUAGAAACAAUUGAAUGCUACAAUCCAGCGACAAAUAAAUGGUCAACUGCUGGCAGAACAACGCACCCUCGUAAGGAGUCUUGUGUCGUGCCUUACAAUAAAACGAUCGUUGAGGUCGGCGGGGUGCAAGGGGAGGAGGCGGUCGUGAAAACAAUGGACAGUUAUCAUAUCUUAGAUGAUUCAAUUAGGCCGAGCGGGGAACAAUUUGUGUUACCAGAGAACAUCCGGUUUGCCAAAAUUGUUGUCAUCAACGCCGUUUUCUACAUCAUAUGGGAGGACACGGGGAAACUGAUUGCUCUUAAUGCUCAGAGACGGACAUUUAAGCUUCUCCCUUCCAUGCAGCAUGCUCGGACGUCGUGUGGGGCUGCUGUUGUCAAUGGAAAGAUUUAUGUCACGGGCGGUCUCGUCGAUUCAAAACCAACCAAUUUUGUCGAGUGCUUUGACCCAGUUACCGAAACCUGGACAAUUGAGAAGCCUAUGAUGGAAGGACGGGCAUACCAUGGUUGUGUCACACUCAAAAUGAACUAA